AGCUGGUCUGGCUCGCACGUUUCUUCUGCCUCGGACUCGUUCUCUCGUUGCUUCUUUCCGACCAUGGGCAAGCGCGCGGCACAGCCCUCGGAGAAGGCUCAGGCGAAGGUUGCCAAAGUGGAAGCAGCUCCUGUCGACCCCUUCAUGCAGGAGCUGGCGCCUUUGUUGACGCAGCUGCAGCGGGCGGAGGCCGCGGAGAUCCUGGGCGCCUCGGCGGCGGAGAUGCUGCGGGCGGUGGCGCCCUUCUGCCUGAAGACGCCCCAGGCGGAGAGGCAUCCCUACCAGGCGCAGAUGGUCGACUCGCUGGAGAGCACCCUCCAGAAGCUUCAGGCCGCGGAGGAGGCGGCGGUGGCCGGCGCGGAGAAUGGCCUCACGGAGGCCAAGCAGGAGCAGGAGACCUGUGCCAUGCAGCUCGAGGCUGCAGCGGCCAAGGCCGAGGAGCGGAAGCAGGAGCUGGAGACCAAGGAAUCUGUCCGGAGCGAAAUGGAGGCAGAAGCGGCCACGGCGGUGCAGAAAGCACGCGAGGCGCAGGAGCAGGAGCAACAGCUGGGCAAAGAGAAGGCGGCGGCGCUGGAGGAGAAGGACUCGGCACUGAAGUUCGCGACGACCUGGGACGCCUUGAAGAACGGCACCUUCGCCGGCAAGGAGUGGCGGGAGCGCAACAAGGCAAUCGACGAAACUCUCAAGGUCAUGGGCGGCAUUGGCCUCGAUGCGAGCCUCAAGGCGUCCCUGCCAACGGCUCUGCGCACCAAGCCGGCAGAGCGUCAGAGGUUCAGCCUCAAGGCGGUGGAGUUUUGUGAGGUUGCGCUGGAGAGCCACCGGGGCAAGCUGGAGGAGAAGAUCAAUGGCUUCGAUGAGGAGGCCGCGGCGCGGGCAAAGACGCGGGAGCAGGCGCAAGAGGUGCUCGCCGGGGUUGAGGAGCGGCUGGCCGGCGCCAAGGCGGAAGCUGCGAGCUCGCAGGAGGCUUUGGAGGUCUCGCUGGCGGAGAAGGCAGCGGUGGAGCAGGCGACGAAGGCCGCGCCGGCGCGGGAGGCGGCGCUGCAAUCGAACCUGGCUGAGGCGCGGGAGGCGCUGGCCAGGACGCAGGGCGCCUUGGCCGAGUUCCAGGGCCUCAAGGCCCUCUCCGUGGCGCCGGCGAAGGCGGAGGCUGGAAGCGUGGCUGCGGAGUGAGUCAAUGAGCCGACCAUCCAGGGUUAUGCAUCCAUAGAUGCGCUUUGCAGCCUCCCUUGCCGAGACA